CGAAGGUCACCUGGUGUAGCUUGAUGGCGGCAGCAGGAGGGAGCGGCUCUGGUCGAGCGACGCCUGCAGACAGUGAAGAGAGAGAGGGAGAGAGAGGGAGAGAGAGAGCGAGCAGCGGAUGGUGGAUGUGAGCACAGACAGUCAGAAUGCGUGAAUACAAACUGGUGGUUCUGGGAUCAGGAGGAGUCGGGAAGUCGGCGCUGACCGUCCAGUUCGUUCAGGGAAUCUUUGUGGAAAAAUACGACCCGACGAUAGAGGACUCGUACAGGAAGCAAGUGGAGGUCGAUGGACAACAGUGUAUGUUGGAGAUCCUGGACACAGCAGGAACAGAGCAGUUCACGGCGAUGAGAGACCUGUACAUGAAGAACGGUCAGGGCUUUGCUCUGGUUUACUCCAUCACAGCUCAGUCGACCUUCAACGACCUCCAGGACCUCAGAGAGCAGAUCCUCAGAGUGAAGGACACCGAGGACGUUCCUAUGAUCCUGGUUGGAAACAAGUGCGACCUGGAGGUGGAGCGGGUGGUGGCCAAAGAGUCGGGCAUCGGCCUCGCGCGCCAGUGGAACUCCUGCGCCUUCCUGGAGACGUCGGCCAAGAGCAAGAUCAACGUCAACGAGAUCUUCUACGACCUUGUGCGACAGAUUAACAGGAAGAGUCCAGUUCCAGGAAAAACUCGCAAAAAGUCCACAUGUCAGCUUCUCUAAUGACAGUUUCCUGCUCAUCUGACCGACAACCAACCAAUUAACCAACCAACCAAUCACAGGACAUCUUCCAGCUGGUCACACCCCUUUAACCUAACCACGUCAUCAUCAGCACCAGCCACCUCCCACCUCUGUUUCCAUGACGACCACACUGUUUAACGGAGACGGUUGCCGUGGCGAUGAUGAUGACCAUGAAGAUGUUCUUACAGGAAUUAGAAACCAACUGCCCAAAAUUAAACUACAGUUCCCAUCAUGCUCUCUGCUUGGCCAUUUUGCGCUGGGGAGGGGCUUCUUGCUUUUUAUGCUUUGAUGUUUCUUUCCUUUGUUUUGCUUCCUUCUCAUUCGCCAGCCGCUCACACACAGCUUGACCACUGUCGGCCAUGUUGGCGCCGCGGUUCCCGUGUUGGUGUUGCGUGUAACAUGGCUGACUCUGUAUGUGUGGCUCCGGUUGAACCUGUGGAUCCACACAGUGAUUAUUAUUAUUAUAAUUAUAAUUAUGCGUGAAUGGGUAUAAGAUGAAUUUUAUGUUUUUUACAUUGGGGUGGGGGUCGGGGGGGGGGGGAGGGGUUUGGGCGUGCAGCAGGUCGGCGUUAGCUCAACGCGUCGGUAACUUUAAGCUAACUUCAGUGACCACGAUGACUCAGCAUGUAAAGGGUGUGUUAGCCGAGCAGCUAUUUCAUUGUUUUGCCAUUAGUGGUGUGAUAGCAUCAUGAGGAUACACCCCCCCCCCCCCCCCCCCCCCCCCAAACAUGAUGGUAGUGUUGUUAGCAUCGUUUUAAAAUGAAAUGAACGUGUCCUUUGGAAUUACUCUGUUAUGUCAGAUGAAAAUGAGCUGGUUCAUUAGCCACUGGAUGCUAACAAUGCUACACUUCUAAACAAAUAAAGUAUUGAAGCUGCAGGCUAGCUGGUUAGCAACACGGUGAGCUGACUUCAGAUCUGCUGCUCGGGGCGGACAUGUUGCCUUUCGACAGCAGACUCACACUGGUCCAGCACCUUAGCUCUGUGUGUGUUUGUGAGUGUGUGUUUUGUGUGUUUGUGAGUGUAAGUGAGUAGCAUGAUGAACUCGGCCAGUUUCUGUAACGACCACUGGCCCGACAUGGAGGAGGAGGGGUCGUAUUUCCUGAGCAGGACAGACAGAGUGUUGUUUCUGUGUUAUUAACCAUAUUAUUACCUGAUUAUUAAUAUUAUUAACACAUCUGAGAGGGAAACACUGAGGAACCACUUGAAGGCUCUGCAGGUCAACGCCCUCCUAACUGAUGGGAAUAUAUGGAGCUGUCCCAACGUGAUCAUGGAAACGUUGGGUUGGUCCUUCAUGUUGCACGUGUGAUCAGUCGCUGCAGCAAGUUAUUUUUUGCACAUUUUAGAUUUGUAUGAAAGCCCCAAUGGAAAAGUUACGCCUGGCUCAUUAAGAAAUUAUCUCCACCAGCGUUUUUUCUUGAUAUUCAUACUUUGAAUUUUCACGGAUCAGGACAAAAUGGACAAAUUAGCAUUUUCUUUAGCAAGUUUUCAUGAAAUGUGGCUCAAGUGCUACGUUUAGAUAGAAUACCGCAGAUACAGUUUUUGACAUCGGUAUUCUCCAAGGUUAAAAGAGUUGAGCUAAAACCUCACAGCUGAAGUCGAAAGGGGGUUGGCCUUGUAGUUGAAGCCCCGCCUCAAGUGGACGGGGGGCGUGGUCAGUGAAGCAGCAGCCAGAGAAAGCCUUUUGAAAACUCUGUCUUCUGUUUGAAAUGUGAGUUCAGAUCCCAGACAGCGUGUGCUGGACCAGGGACCUCUGUGAGUACUGCUGUGCACAGUGUUGGACCACCAGGAGAACUGCUGUCAGUAUUCUGGUUCUCCCCCAGUACGUUCCGUCAUGUAGCAUGUUGAUGUUUCUGUCAGUUCUCGGUCUGACCUCCGGGAGGUGCUGCGACAGUUUGCAUGCCGAGCAGAAGCUUUCAAGAGAAAAGUCUUAUUUGCAGCCGAGGGGGUGCGGUCCGGCUGAUGCAGUGUUGGCAGAGUUAAUGUAAUGUGCAGUUAAAGUAAAAGCGAUUGGAAUGCCAGUGUGUUGAUCACUGCCGAAUGAUUCCCACGGAGAAGUUAAGGGAAUUGAAAACUCCUUUCUGAUAAACCAUAAAUUACAUUUUUGCGUGGCUUGUUGACGUUGUCUUUCGAGUAUGUUGUUACUUUGCUGUAUUCUUGUGUGUCAAGCCAUAAAGUCUCAUCACUGCCCCUUGUGGAUAGAUGGCAGAACACUCCCACUGCAUCUUCAGUAGUGUGUUUUGCUUCCAGGCCACUAGGGGCAGUAAUGAGCCGGUUCCGUACUCAAACAGUAACUUGGACGAGCCACAUGAAGGUGACAUUUAUGGUUCAUCGGACAUCUUUUCAAAAAAAAUUUUUUCUGGUUUUGUAACAGACAAACAACUUGUUUGUUUGAUGAAUGCAAAGGUUUCUGGGUACAUUUGAUUUGAACCUAUUUUUAGCAUUUGUAAACAGUAUUUAAACACUGUAAAGAGAUGAGGAUAUUUUAAUGUUUAGUAAGCCGUUUAUCAACAUUUAGAAUUUCUGUUGUACAAACAGUUAUAAGUAUAUUAAAAUAUUCCAAUCAUAUUAAAACAUGCAGCCUUAGCGCUGUUUAUGAAUGCUAAACACGUCCAGUUUAAAUGAAACGUACCCACAGUGGACGACACAUUCCCAAACAGGUUUUGCCUGAUUAGCGCUCCAGAGAUGUGAGAGCUCACUUUGCUCCUUGGCUCAACAGCCAAUCAGAUCUCAGCGUGGCUGCAGCUGUGACCAGCCUCAUAGAAGCUACAUUCAUCAUUAAAGUUCUAGAAAUGUAUCAUUGGACGAAUCGUCAUCGACGUCUUAUCCUAACGUCCCGAUAUGCUUCAGAGUAGCUAGGUUAGCUUUUUUAACCAGAAGACCUUUGUGGUGUUCACAUGGAAAUGAACCGAUGUAGAAUAGGCCUGAGAAGGAGGCUACAACUUUGCCGUAAUUUCACGGUCCUUCCGUGCUAUUUAAAUUGGGUGAGAUAGUGUUAAAGUUGCGAAACUGGUUAGAAAUAAUUAAAAUAAUUUGACGAGCACUUCUGAAACAUGCUGAGGCCUUGUUUUCCUCUGCUUCCAGACUUUGUGCUAAGCUAGGCUAAAGGACUCAGAUUAAACUAGUCAAAGAGAUUCUCAAAGUGUCCGACUCUCAUGUAUCUGCAGCAUCGAGGUGGCGAUCGCAGCUGCAGCCAAUCAGAACGAUUCAUUCACGAAAAGAAGAAAUGAUUAUUGUUCAUCACUGAAAUGAAUCUGCUUUUUUUCCUCUGUACGGCAUGAUGACCAGUGAAAUGUAAAAGAAACCAGUUCAACCACUGAAACAUCAGGUUCAAAAUACCACGUCCACUCCACUGAGUCUUUUCACUUCAGCCGAGGGGACGAUUUCCGGACCUGGUGUCCACCUGGUUUGAUUCCAAUCUGGACCAGGUCUAAACGUGGUCUGGACCUGGAACUGGUCUGAAGUGGUUUCUUCCAGAACAGCAUCAGGAGGUCGGGGAGGGGGAGUGAGGGAGGGGGGGAGGGG